UUACUUCAAGAGAGAGAGAGAGAGAAAAACUUGAAACCCUAAAAUAUAUUAAACAAAUCUCCAUCCACAAUCAACCCAGAGAGAGAUAGUAAAGGUGCAGAAGCGGUGGGGUUUUCACUUCACAUUCACACUUGUCCAUCUCUCUCUCUGUCUCUCUCCCUCGAUUCCUUCCGCCCAGAGAAAUCACAGACUACAUCAGUUAGUUUUGAUUUUGUUUGGGAAAUGUAACGGUUGAUUCUCCCGUGAAAUCUCAUUUCACUUUUACAUCAGUCAGUUCGGGCGAAAAUCUCGAACCCCUCCCCUAGAUUUGGCAUUUCUGUGAUCCUCUACUUUUUUCUAAGGCGUUUUUUUUUUUUUUUUUGCAAUGGCUGACUUGGUGCUUAUCGACGUUGUUGAAUCGAAGACCGAGGAAAAAACCCUAGAUCAAAACAACGGCGCGAAGAAGAAUCCGAAGAAGAGGAAGAGAGCCCCAUCCGUUGAGACACUGACCCCACAGGAGAGAGAUUCUCGCAUCGGCGCUUUAAACGAGGAGCUCGAGGGGUUGUUCAGGUACUUCAAAGAGGUUUUGGGCGAGAAAGUUAGGGAUUUGGACUCGGGGAGGAGCGAGUGCGGGUCGAGCAGCAGCAACACGGCGAUUGCGUGCUUGCUCGAGGAGAGCGAUCUCUCACUGUCGAAGCUGGUUAGGGAGAUUUACGAGAAGGUGAAGGAGAGAGAUGGGGGUGUGACGGUUGCGUCUGUGAAGAGCUCGGUAGUUUUCGUUGGGCAGAGGUGUUUGUACGGGGUGCCCAAUGCGGAUGCGGAUGUUUUGGAGGAUGAGACGGAGUCGUGCCUUUGGUGUUGGGAGACAAGAGACUUGAAGUUGAUGCCAAAAUCUGUGCGAGAGACCCUGAAAACCCGGCGGAUUUGUCGGAAAAAGAUCCAUGAGAGGAUUACUGCUGUUUCUGGAAUGAUUGCUGCAUUACAAAAGUCAGAGAGCCAUCCGAACUAUAGAGAUGAUCUUACAAAAGCAUCAGAAAGGCUCCAUAAAAUUUCAAGUGAAGCAGAUAUCCGCUUGUUAGUGCAAAACAUAGAGCAGAAAAAUGGUGCCAAAUUGGCUGACAAGCAAGGAAAAAGAGAAGAGAAACAGCUUAUCAGGCUAGUGGACAGAGAUAAACGAGAAGCUGAGAAGGAGAGAAUAAGAUUGGAUCGAGAACUUAAAAAAGAGAAGUGGCAAAGUGAAAAGGAGCUAAAGCGGUUGCAAGAUGAAGCAGAGAAAGAGGAAAGACGCCGUGAGAAAGAAGAAUCCGAAUUGAGGAAACAUCAAAGAAGGCAACAAGAGGAAGCAGAAAAAGAACAACGACGUAGGGAGAAGGAAGAAGCUGAACUGAAAAAGCAACUUUCCUUAAAGAAGCAGGCAUCACUCAUGGAGCGUUUUUUAAAAAGAAGCAAGAAUAAUUCAACCUGCCAGAAUGACCAAUCCUCAACCAAAGCAACACUUCCAGAUUCCUCCUCCAACAAGAGUGAAAAUAUUUCUGAAUCUGUUACUCUGUCAAUGGACCAUGCUCUUUCACUAACAAAUAAUGCUAAUGCAGAGGAUAUUCACAAUUCACACUUGAUUUCUUGGCGUUGCUUGGGUCAUGAGAUUCGUUCAAACAGGAAACAACAUUGGGGCAUACGCAGAACCCCUAAGAAAGAAGCAAUCAAGGAACUCAAGCUGAGUACAAAUAAAGGACUGGCCCAUGAUGACGAGUUGGGCAUGGAGAAGCUUGUUGAUGGAUGGGGGGAAAUAAAAGUUGACGGAAGAUCAUGUGAUACAGAUGCAGAUAGUUCUGUUUCCCUUAAUCAGAGGCACUUCGAUAGUAAGAAGUUGCUGCAGUUUGAUAAGAGCUGUAGACCUGCAUUUUAUGGUGUUUGGCCAAAGAACAGUCAGGUUACUGGACCACGUCACCCUUUUAGAAAGGACCCAGACUUGGAUUACGAUGUUGAUAGUGAUGAAGAAUGGGAAGAGGAGGAACCUGGUGAAAGCUUAUCAGAUUGUGAUAAAGAUGAUGAAGAGGAAAAAUUAGAAGAAGGCUAUUUAAAAGAUGAUGAUAGCGAAGAUGGCUUCUUUGUACCAGAUGGGUAUCUUUCAGACAAUGAGGGAGUACAAGUUGAUAGAAAAGGAUCUGAUUGCUUAGUGGAGGAGACCAAGAGUUUACCUGGUUGUAAGCAGGAGUUGGAGAGUGAGGAAAUGUGUGUGUUGCUUCAACAGCAGAAGUGCUUACACAAUACGACAGAGCGUGCUCUUCGGAAGAACCAGCCCUUGAUUAUAUCGAAUCUGAUGCAUGAAAAUGCCUCAUUGUCAAUGACUGAAGAGCUCACUGACGCUCGGAAACUUGAACAGAUGUGUCUGCAAGCACUAAGUAUGCGCACAUUCUCUGGUGGGCCAUCUAUAAAAAUAGUGAUUGAUUAUUAUUACCAAGAAGACGACCAAGAGAAUUGCACAUCAAAUAACAAGGGCUGCACGACUCCAGCGGCAACUCCAUCGGCUAUAUCGGACUCUGACUUACCAGAGAUAGUAUCUUCCAUUCAAUCAUGCUCACAGGGUAUCAACAAGGUGGUAGAGUCUUUGCAACGGAAAUUCCCUUCUGCUUCAAAGUCCCUACUGAGAAAUAAAGUCCGCGAAGUAUCUGACUUCAUGGAUAACCGCUGGCAGGUGAAGAAAGAUAUUCUGGACAAGCUUGGCUUAUCUAGUUCACCUGACAAAGUCGGUGGGAGAAGAAAGAGUAUAGCAACAUUCUUCUCGAAAAGGUGUCUGCCUCCUACCAAUGGCAGGACCAUCAACCAGACUGAAACUUCUCCCCAGUCAACCCAGAAGCCAUCGACAGUUGUUCAAUCGCAGCCAGAAUACACAAACAAUGCUACAUAGUCUCUUGGUCUAAAUCAACUUCUUUUUCUUUCCAUUCCCCCCAGAGUGCCUGUACUUAGCUUUGCAUGCGUACUACAAAUCCCUCAUAUAUGGUCUAAGUAGUUGCCAAAAUUUUGUUUCACAUAAAAAGUCGAAUUAGUCGGUGUGUACCUUUUUGGAUUGUACCCAUAAUAUGCAUAAUUUUCAUUUGGCAUGAAUGAACAACUUUUGGACAACUUAUGCUAUGUAAAUCAUUUAACGUAUCUGUUGCUGAAAUGAAGUCCUGCAAUUUUCUCUUGAA